CACAUUUGAGAAUGCGAAACACAGAAAUGGAAUAGCAUCAGAGCCACCUGGGCCCUCAGCCCCAAGGCCCACAGAGAAGCAGCUGAGGACUAAGGGUAGCAGGAGCCCCACCCCCUGCAAUGUGCAUGCUGGGAAAGCCCAGGCUGAAAGCACCAACCAACUGAUAUGGCUGAGCUCUGUCUCCCUGAGUGACAGCUUCCCAGCGGGGGGGAGAAUUUAUGUUGUCAGGAAGAUGAAGCUGCCUGAUGACAGGGUACAGUCUGCCAUCGACGAGGUCCCCGAGCCCAAGAAGGUCUUUAUUGUCAGAAAAGCCUGCCCCAAAAGGCUUAAGGAAGUCACUGACUUUGGACAGACUAAGUCCUUAAAGAAGAGCACUAAUUCACUUGCUCAGGGCAUGUACAAAACACCAGGAAGUAUUCGGAGCAUUGUCCUUGGCCAAUCAGAGAGCCAACCCUGGAAAAACACACUUCCUAGCCAAUCAGAGAGCCAAGCCUUGUCACAGACACAGGUAGCCAAAAUGGCAUGCAGGGAUACAUACGUCAAGCAGCUGAUGGCUCAGAUGGGAUCGAAAUGCAUCCAGAAGCGCAUCAGUGCUAUCAACCAGCUGGUGGAUGACUGCAUCCUAAAGCCAGGCAUCAUCAUGUCCUGCAUAUUCCCGGUCUUUGACACCAUCAGGGCCAGGCUGGUGGAAUCAAAUAGAAUGGUGAAUCUCCACAUGUUGAAGGCCCUAGGGACCAUAAUACCUCAGAUGAAGGAGAGAUUGCACAAGGUGGUCUUCCUGUUGAUCCCUGCCAUCGUAGACAACCACCUCAAUUCUAAGACCAACGCCAUCUACAGUACUGCCCUUGCCGCGAUCCGCAGUGUUGUACACAAUCUUGAUAACUCCCUGCUGAUGGAGAUUUUGGUCACCAAGGCCCAGCUCAUCAGUGGAAAUGCAAAGACAGACCUCACUGAUACUGUUGCAGGCAUGGUGAUGGAGCUGUACCCUCGCAGGCCUAAGAUGGUGGAACAGCAAGUGCUUCCUCUGCUGUGGCACAUGUUGGCCGUCUGCAGCCGCAGUGCAGCCACAGUCACGCUGUUCAGGGCUCUGUACAGUCACAUGGGGCCCAGGCUGUGGGCAGCAGCUGCCUGUCAGCCCCUCAGCAUCCGGAAGGGUCUGCAGCACCUGCUCAGCUCUGCCUGAUUAUCGUGGGGGCCAGGGAGGGAAAAAGAACAUCAUAAGUGUGUUCCGCAGACACACAUCUGAACACCUUUCGCCUGGGCUAUGUCACAACUACACAGCUUUUCUUCUAUCUGAUUUUAAUGUAAAGAAAACGUGAGGUAAAGGUGUGGCCAAAAAUCAGCUGGGCUGUGGAGGUGGUUCAGGUGGUCAGAGCAGAAGCCAGUGUCCAGGAACAGCUUUCCAGGACGAGGAGCACAGAUCAACUGUAGCACAACUGUAGCUUAUUUGGGUCAC